UCUACGGUCGGACAUGUGCGGUGACGUGUACGUCGACCUUGAUAGACUGAUAUAAGUUUGAUCGACUGAAAGCAUCUGAGCACUCCAGUUGGUGCGUUGGGUAAAAAUAGGUUGGGCAGCAUGGACCGGCGCGCGAUGUCGGCGCAGCAACCGGUGCCGUGCCACGCCUCGAACAUCACGAUGCCGCUCACAGCACCGGGCUGCGUUCGCGCGACAACGUCGCCGGAGCCGGUGUCUUCCAAGCCGGCGCAGCACGUGCCGCCCGUGAGGGCACCGAUCGCGACGGCCGUGGCACCGACUUUGCGUCGGCGGAAAAGCCGGCACACGUACGCGCCGUUCCGACCCACCGUGUUCACCGACAAGCUCCUCGUGCCCGAGCAGCACGACUACGUUGUGCCGCUCGACUUGGCCGCGGACAGUGCCAAGCGCUGGGCGGCGCGGGGUCCGAUUCUGGGCUCCACCCCCAAGCUCGACGUCAAGACGGGUGCCAUGUACGCGCCGACGCUCGACUGCAUCUACGACACGGGCAAACACACGCUCGGCUACCGCGUGCAUCACUCGCUCUCGGGCUCGACGCUAUGGAACACGACCAAGCGCUUUGUGGACCACCCGAGUACGACGGACCGUGUCGGGCCUGGCGCCUACGAGAGCGUCACGGCGGCGUGGGAAAAAGCGCGGAGUGUUAGAAAGUAUCCGUCGCUGCCACCGAGCCCGGGCCACCGCACGCCGUUCCAGCCGCAUUUGGACGAGACGCUGGACGGCCAAGCGAACGAGCUCGCGCCAUUGGACACGUGGAAGCGCACGACCAAAGCCGUGUCGCCACCAACCAUGGCAUUUGACAAGGCAACGCGCACAACGUGGAUUGACGUGCAGAGAACGCGCGCCGACAAGAUGCGAGCGCUGCCGUCCUCGGCCUCGUGCCCGACGCUCGAGCUCCCCAAUUACAUCAGCGGUGUACGCACAGGUGUCUUAAAGCUGUAGCAAUUCAUCUACAACUGUCCUCCUCACGACGUCUCGAUGUGUGAUGCGUCACCGCC